GUUGCCGCCAAUCAUCAAAGCCGACGGACGAGUUACGGACGGAUUAUGGGUGGCAUAGCGCUACGGUGAUAUAUGUUAUGAAAUGCAAGGACAUUAAAACCGACGAUCACGGAAAUGACAUCGCAGCCUCAACUCCCCUUUCCGCCUACACCUAACUGAGCGCGCACGAAAAGGCCUUCACCCUGGCGUCGACAACUACCACACACCAACCUGUAAGCAAACGAACACGAAACACUCGACCCUUACCAUGCCAUCCACGCCCCAUACACCCACGCACUCCCGCCGCCCCUCCGCCCUCUCCAGCUCCAUCUCGCCCGCGCCCUCCCCCCAGCGCCGCCAAUCCGUCGCCUCCCACCGCUCCAAAACCUCCAUCUCCUCCCAAACCCCCACAUCCCCAGGAAGCCGCCUCCUGCGCUCCGACUCUCUCAACGACGCGCCCUUCUCCCCCAGCGACCCCGCCUCAAAUGGCCUCGGGAACCUCGCAGACGAACUCGCAGAUGCCUGGGCAAGCGACGAAGAUGAGGCCGAGCCCGAUAUGAACUUCGCCAGAACCGGCGCUGAGCUCGCCGACGCCUCUGCCGGCUCCCAAGACGAAGCCGACUCAGACACAGGUACAAAAGAUGCCUCCCAAAAGCCACGCGAGCGCGACAGCGGCGUCUCCAUCUCCGGAUCGCCUGCGCCAAGGGGCCUGGCUCCCAACCCCACCGGCCACCGCUGCGCAGCCAGCGACUACGACGGCAGCGACUACGGGUCGUCGUCGUCGCUUCCCGAGACGGGGCUCCCGAUGUCGCUGCUUGCGCGCAUCAAUGGGAUCGAGUCGCUCGCGCGGCGCGGGUUAGAGGAUAAUGGGGACGCGCGCUCGGGGGUCGUGAAGCGCGUUGUAGAGAGCCUACGGGAUCUGAGUGGGCAGGGAGGCGUGGAGACGGGGGCGACGAGGUUGAUUACUGCGAAUACGGCGUUAAGCUCGCAUUUGAUGCAUCAGACGCGCACGCUGCACAGCUUGACGUAUCCGCUAAUUAGCCCGAUGAAUGCGCCGCUGGAUGAGGAGUCGAUUGAGGAGUUGUUGCCGUUGCUGGUUGGGCUGGGGGAGGCGAUGCCGAGGCCGGAUGUGGGGAGCUUGGUGGCGCUGACGGGGCUGCAUGGGGUUACGGGGGAGCUGAUUGAGAAGUUGGGGGGGUGGGGGAUAGCUUGCAUAUGA